GUAUUAAUUAGUUCUUACGCCCUUAGAUGCUGGACGUUCAGGAAAAUUCCAAGUUUAUUUUCGAAAUUGAUCAAUUCACGUCAUAAUGUUGCGCCAUCUAGCAAGUUUUUCACAAACCAAGUUUGACAUUUUAUAAUCAAUGUAAAUAAACUGUCCCGUUUUUGCGCUAAGAGAACGCGACAAGAUGUGGCGUCCGCCAUUGCGUGCGCCGGUGCGGUGGACACACUCCAGUAGCAGCAGCAGGCCGUAUUGGAAAAAGAACCCACAUUUAGAUAAAAUAAUCCGCGUGGAUCAUGCAGGAGAGCUGGGGGCUGAUCGCAUCUACGCGGGACAGAUGGCGGUGCUGGGCCGGACCGCCGAGGGCCCGCUCAUACAGCACAUGUGGGACCAGGAGAAGAAGCAUCGCGAGAAGUUUGAGGAGCUCAUCAACGAGUACAGAGUGAGGCCGACUGUGCUGACGCCGAUAUGGAAUGUGGCCGGGUUUAUGCUGGGAGCUGGCACAGCACUUCUUGGAAAAGAGGCAGCCAUGGCGUGCACAGUGGCAGUGGAGACCGUCAUAGUGGACCACUAUAACGACCAACUCCGGACUCUCAUGGAAGAUCCUCACAUCGACAAGGAGAUCCUGGAGACCAUCACCAAGUUCCGUGAUGAAGAACAGGAGCAUCAUGACACGGGUAUCGACCACGGGGCGGAACAGGCGCCCUUCUACAAGGCCCUGACUGAGGUUAUCAAGGCGGGUUGCAAGGCGGCCAUCGCGAUAUCCAAAAAGGUUUAGAUUAAGUACGGAAGUGCCUCACAUAGACUAUAAAAAGGUUAAAAAGUGUUUUUGCUUUCCUUUUGAUAUGACGUGGUUAGAUAAUAAAAUAAUUAAAUUA